CUCCCUGUGGGCGUGGCAUGGCGGCCGCGGAGCCCCCGCGCCUGAGCGAGGCGUGGACCGUGGAGGGCAGGCACACCGGCUGCUACACGGGCGGCAAGGUGUCCUGGUGCGAGGGGGCCCAGCUGCUCGGCUGCCUCUGCAACGAAGACCUGCAGUUGGUGAGCCUGUCGCCAGAUGCCGACGAGUCACGCAAGGUCUCCCAGGACGGCGACGGCGUGCUUACCUUCGCCAUCGACCCCUCGGGGAAAAACGCGUGUACCAGCCACAGGAGCGGGCUGCUUCGGCACUUCGAGCUCCUGCCGGCUCCCCAGGCGCCCGCCGAGAGGCGGUCCUGGAAGGCGCACGACAACGUCAUCGCUGACCUCUGCUUCGACGCAGCUGGAGCGUUCGUGGCCACCGGCUCGGUGGACAAGACCGCCAAGGUGUGGGAUUUUACCGGGUACUUCUGUACGCACAAUUUCAGAGGACACCCUGCGAUGGUCAGCAUCGUGAGAUUUCACCCUACGAGGCUGCAGCUUGUUACAGUUGCGGACACAGAGGUGCGUUUGUGGGACCUCAAGACUUCGACAUGCGUUGGAGUUAUGAAGGACCACCUGACUUCCAUCUCUUCCCUGUGCUUCGCCAGGCUGGCAGAGAAGAGUUAUCAAUUGGUGACGGGGGGGCGUGACCAGAUCGUGAACGUGUGGCAGCUAGAGCAGAAGCCUUCCCUCGUGAAGACCAUCCCAGUCUUUGAGAAUGUCGAGGGCGUGGCUGCUGUGCCACUCAAGGUCCUUCAGAAUGUUCCCACUGAGGGGGCCAGCGACCAAGGCGCAUUCUCGCAGUGGUUGCAGCGCGGUGCCAAGCUGCCUCCCUUUGUCGUGGUCACCGUCGGUGACAAGGGUCUGCUGAGAGUGUGGAGCCCAGCCGACGGGACUCGCGUGGCGUCCCACGCCUCCCCACACGCAGCCAAGGGCGCCUUCCGCCAAGUCCACCUCCUGGAUGGCAUUGCUGGCAGGCGCCUUCUGACCGUCGGCGACGACCUGAAUCUGGUUGUGUGGACGUUGCCGGAGCUGGUGCCAUCGACUUAUAUCAUGGGGCAGAACGAGGAAAUCGUCCACGUUCAGUUCAUUCCAUCGCUCUCCUGGCCCGAGGCCACCGAGGACGCCCCCGCGCCAGCCGCGGUGGGCACGGACCGGUUCGUGUGCAUCACCAACGACGAGUUCCCGCGGGUGGUGCGCUCGCGGGGCUUCGGCGCAACGAUGCUGCGCGGUCACUCGGACGUUGUGAUAUCCUGCGAUGUCUCCGCUGACGGGCGCUGGAUCGCGACAGGAGGCAAGGACCAGUCCAUUCGCGUGUGGAGCGCCAGUCAGUGUCGUCCGGUGUGCGUCCUGGCUGGACACGCGGGCUCGGUGUCGGCGCUGUCGUUCCCGAAGAAGAGGCCCAAGGGCCCCGCGUCGGCGGGGAGCGGGCCACUGUGGCUGGUCAGUGGUAGUCAGGACAAGACUAUGAAGAUUUGGAAGCUCCCAAGCGAGGCGCAGUUGGAGGAGAGACUUGGCAAGGGAGACGAGGAGCUCUCCAUUUCCAAGGCCAAGGUCACCGUUGUCGCCCACGCCAAGGAGGUGAAUGAUGUGACCGUUGCUCCAAAUAACAAGCUUUUGGCAUCUGGAGGUCAUGACAAGAUCGUGCGGGUGUGGAAGUUUCCAGAGGGUAGUCUAAUGGGAGAGUGUAAAGGUCACAGGCGCGGUGUUUGGUGUGUCGCCUUCUCUCCGACCGACCAGGUUAUUGCUUCGGCUUCUGGGGACAGCACUGUUCGGCUGUGGAACCUGAAAGACUAUACCACGAUCCGGGCCUUCCAGGGCCACGAGAGCGCUGUGCUGCGGGUCUGCUUCCUUGGCAAUGGAGUGCAGCUGAUGACGAGCAGUGUGGAUGGGCUGCUGAAGUUGUGGCACAUCCGCACCGCAGACUGUGCUGCAACGUUCGAGGAGCACACAGGGAAGGUGUGGUGCAUCGACGUCAUCGGUGAUCGGAUGGUCUCUGGUGGUGCCGACGCAAAGAUGUGCGUCUGGCGUGACACCACCAUCGAGAAGGCGAAGGCCGCGAACGACGCCCGUGCUGAGGUGGCCCUCAAGGACUCCCGAAUAGGGCUCCUUGUCCGCGAUGGCAAGCUUGAGAAGGCGAUGACCCUUGCCCUUGACCUGAACCGCCCAGGUCAAUUGAAGCAGAUCAUCUCCGAGCACACGAUGGACGCGGUCAGCAAAAUCGUUGCCAAGGCCGAGGCGCCUCCCGACGGAGAGAAGGAGGAUGCGGCCCCAGAGGUCGAGGCAGGUGACUGCGACGGCGCUGAUGGCCCGCAGGGCGCUGGCAGCGUCGGUGCUGUCAGCGACCUUGACCUUCGAAGAUGGAUCGUGUCGCUGAGCGACACUCAGCUGGAGAGGCUGGUUGGGAUUUUGGACUCCUGGAUCUCCAACCGAAAGAUGGCCUCGCUCGCGCAGAUGCUGAUGGGCGUGCUGCUUCUGUCGGUGCCGCCAGCGAGGCUGAAGGGGCUGGAGGGCAUGAACGCCACCUGCGGCUCCGUCCUGAGCUACUCGAGCCGGCACAUGACGCGGGUGGAGUCCCUGCUCCAGAAGACGUUCGUGCUGGAGCUCGUGAUGCAGUCUGGGAGCCACGGCCUGGUGCAGGAAGGGGUCCAGCGCGGGGCCGCGGCGGGGGAGGCCCAGGGCGGCGGCGCCGGCGGGGCCGAGGAGGCGCUGCGGCGCACGAUGGACGUGCUGCUCGGCGGCGCUGGCGAGGGCGAGGACGCCGACACUGGGUCCGAGGAGGCGUCGGACGCGGGCGACGGAGACGACGGCGGGUUGUUGGCGGAGUCGCCUCCGGCGGCCGCCGGCGGGGACGAGGACGAGGACGAGGACGAGGCAGAGCAGGAGGACGGCGAGGCGUCUGUUGGCGGACCCACAGCGCGGAAGCGCAGGAGGCUGCGCAGCUGAGCGGGGGGCCUCCCUUCCUCUCCGCGCCGCGUCGGCGUCUCGCCUGCUCUGAAGGCUGCGGCAUGGACAAA